GAUGCGUACAAUGUGUGAUAUAUAUAUAUAUAUAUAUAGUAGUUAAAAGUAGCCUUCUGUCAACAUGGCUGGAGAUAAAAUUUGUUGUGCCAGUUACGUUGAAAAUGGUGAAAACAUGACGGAUAACGAGGAAUCCAAAGUUAAUUCUGAUCUAGAGGAAGAAGCCAAGGAUAACCCCGAGAUUGUUAUGUGUCCGGAGUUCGAAUUCUCCACACAUGCCUGCUAUAUUUGUAAUGGAUUUUAUGGACCAUGCUUUGGAGAACCAGUCUGUGCAACCUGUCAUGCGUUUUUGUUUCCUGAUGAUAUAGGUUUACUGCAAGCACCGCUAUUCAGUGAGAAAACUGAUGAUGAUGAUUCAGGAAAUGAUGAACCAGUUGAUUUGUAUUAUAAUGAUAGGAGAGCCAGUCGUGCAGAUAGAAAUUCUUCACAAGAUUCCACACCAAUAGUAUCCAGUCCUUCAGAUUCUCCAGAUCGGAACAGGCCAUUAUUUUUUCCAAAUUAUAAUCACAUAGGAGAUAUCAAUCGUGAUGAAGGAGCUCAUUUUGAUCCAAAUCAUGAAAAUCCACAAAGAAAUGUCAUUGACCCACGCCAAUUACAAUUGGACUUAGGGAAUCUUCAAAUUAAUCAAGAUGCAGAUGAUAACCAGCAGAACGAUGUUCUUGAGGAAGAUUUUCAAAGUCCUGAAGAAGAUUCUGUAGCUAAUGAAGAUCCUGAACCAGAAAAUCAUCAGUAUGCAGGUGCAAUGUAUCAACCAGUACAAAAUUAUGACAUGUUCCUAGAAAGAGGGGAACCAUCAAGACCAUGGAAUCUAUCAAAAAGAUUUGAUUUGUUGACCAAUUAUAGAAAUAAUGAGCACAAACCUAUUAAUGAAUUAGGUCUUGUUGACAGGUUACCACCAGAAGUUUUAUUAGCAGUAUUUUCUCACUUAGAUGAUGUAAGCCUAUGGUGUGCAGCUAAUGUAUGUAGAAGAUGGUACAAUUUAGUUAUCAAUCACACAACUCCAGAAUUGUGGCAAGCACAUUGCAAAUUAAGGUGGCCAUUGUAUGAACCAAUUAGUGAUACUGUAAGAGAUUGGUAUAAAAUCUAUGAUAAACUUGCAUCAUCUGUCCCUUGUAAAACAUGUCUAUUUCAAACUUCAUUGCACUACUUAAGGCCUCCAAGGAUAGAAGAAAAUUCUUGGAGACGAAAUAGAUUGAGGAUAGAGUUGAAAGGUUUAAGAUGUGAUCCACCUGAAGGUAUUGCUGCAACACCUUUAGAUCAGAUGUGUUGUCAUUGGCAAGCCACUAUUACAGGCCCAUCUGGCAGUCCAUACGAAGGAGGAAUAUUUUAUUUAUACCUGCAAGUACCUUACAGUUAUCCAAUGCGACCUCCAGUAGUCAGAUUUUUAACAAAGAUACUACAUCCGAAUGUAUCUAGACAUGGAGAUGUUGGAAUCGACUCUAUACACCACAAUUGGUCACUAGCAUUAACAAUCUCAAAAGUUUUAAUUAGCGUUCAAAGUCUGUUAACUGACCCAUAUUGCCAGGUUUGUAUGGAAUCAGAGUUAGGUGAUAUGUAUAUGAAUGACAGGACGAGGUUCGAAGAGAUAGCACGAGCGUGGACUUUGAAAUAUGCUAUGCAUAAUCUUAUUGAGACAUAGCUUUAAAUUGAUAAAAGUUAUUCGAAAAAUGUGAUGCGUACGAAAGGUUCCUAGCGAAUAGUGCUAAUCGUACAGCUUGUUAAAGUGAGUUGGUUACUAAUCAGAGAGAAUAUUUUGAAGCGAAAUUUGAUUUAAAAAAUAAUGCUAUAUAUCUGACAUGAUAAAAGAUGUAGAGUAAUAUAUAUUGUCUACAAAUAAUUUUUUUAGCUACAAAAAGAGAGACAAGCAAUUCAUAUUUUCCCAUCUAUAGUAUGUACGUAGAAAAGGUAUGAAUGUUUUGAGAUAAUAAAUACAUCAUAUCGUUAUCCGAGUUUAUUAAGCGUAAAGAAACACCGUGAAGUUUAUAUCUACUUCAAAUUCAUACACCAUAGAUAUUUCAUAUACCUUCAUGUUCAUUGUUUUUUAGGCAUAUCAAUCGCCUAUUUAUGUUUUAUUUUCAUUUGAUUUUGACCGUAGUUUCUAUUUAUAUGUAAAUAGAUGCUCUCAGAUGAAUUGUUAUUACAAAAGAAGAAAUUGUCUUUUAUAUUUCAGAAAACUAUUUUAUAUGUAAAUUUUAAUUCUUUCAUCUUCUCCGAGAUUUCCUUGUAUUUUCUUAAAAGUAUUUUAUAA